AUGAGAGUAAAACUCACUCUUUUACCACCUUUCCAAAACACGAAAAUAAUCCUACCAAUAGCAGAAACAGUGAAGACAAUUCAUGAUUUGAAGAAACAUAUACUCCAAUCAUUAAGUCUGGUCUCUCAACAUGCUUCCAAAGCUAAAGAACUGGUUCUGGAGAUAGAUGGAUUUGAACUUUUGGCUGGAAGUGAAGUGGGAGUGAUUGAAGGUGGUGAUAUAGUAACUGUUCGACUUGCACCUGGUGGUUCCAAAGUCCAACUCACCAAUAAAAAAACAAGUAAUAAGAAGAGAAAGUCAAGUACCAAGGAGAAGGAUGCGGAUCCGAAGAUUAGCAAAAGGCAACGUUUGUCUAAAGAUGUUGUCAAAAAUGUCGGGAAGUCAAGCCAGAAGAAGCAGGUUGCGGAACCUUGCAAGCCUAAGAACCUGAUUUUACCUCUGAUCAGUCAUGAGAUUUCAAAUGGCAAACGAGCAAGAUCAUUGACUGUGACAUCAUCGUUGUCGUCCUCAUCAUCAAACUUGUCAUCCAGUAGUGCAGCCUCUUCCUCGUCAUCAUCGUCCCGCGCUUCCGAUUCUUCACUAACCUCCUCCUCUUCAUCUUUAAGCUCAAGCUCAAGCGACGCAUCUUCGUCUUUGAACUCUGCACCAAUUGUGCAAUCAAGUAAUCCUUAUCCAGUCCUAUCCAAGCCCACUCAAUCGAGUAAAGCUCAUGUACCUCCAGGCCAAGGUAAAUCAGUCACUAAGAACCGUAAUGCCAGACGUCGAAUGGCUCUACAGUAUAAAAAGCUCGCUGCUCAACAAUCCCAGACCAAGUCAUCGGUGAACGUUGGUAAUCCAGGAAGAGAAAAUGGAAGAACAAGCGAAAGUGUAGUUGAAGCUGUUACCUCCACGACAAAUAUCGCCGUCGUGGGAGAUCAACAAAUACCUGUACCUGGAAGUAUGUCAAAUAGGAAUAAGAAAAAAGGAUUCCUGAAAGAUAUGAAAGAGAAAAGAGGUACCAAGACACUCUUCGACCGCGACCAUAAUCAGUCUUCAGCGGUACUUCCGGAACAGCUCGAAGGACCAACUCAAGCGUCCUUUGAGGCUAUAGUCACGGGUAAAGAUGUGCCUCUGCCUUUUGAAGAUACCUCUUUCUUACCUUACGAACUGGAAGGUCCAUCAACAAGUACACCAAGGAAAGAUCGCAUGAUACCACCUUCUCAGAUACAGGAUAUACCCUCGAAUAUUUUCAUUACGUCAGUUGAAUUUCCAAGAGCACCCGUUUCACCAAGAAGGAAACAACGAGGCAAACUACCGGCGGAAGAUAUGGAGAUCGAUGCAAAAUCUAAUGAGGGAGAGGGGGCCGAAUGCAUAACUGAAGAAGUAUCGCUGAACCAAGGUAUUAAAGACGAACAUAUUUGGAAGAGAUUGGACAGAGAUUUCGACACCUUGCCCGCACUUUCAUUAGAAACAUACCAGAACAUCAAACAGGAUGAUAGAUUGACCUGUAAGGAAUUGGAGCUUGAUCUUAUGACAUUCUCACCUGGUUUAGUGAUCAAGCUUGCUAGAGCAAUUCAAGUGACCGGCGGCAAAGUGCAAAUGGAAUGGGUUCAGAGACCUGUUGUUGACGAAUAUGACGGAUAUCAUGAAGGCACAGAAGCUAUAGGGCACGAGGUCGAAGGAGAUGGUAAAUUCGUGUUGGAUCGAGAGGAAGUGGCAGCCGAGAAGUGGAAAACGAUUUCCUAG